AUGGAGGCAAUUUUCUUCUCACUCCUUCCUCGACUCUCAACUCCUCCCGUUUCUUACGGACUUUGACUACCGUACUCUCGUAAUUACUCUCGAGAAGGGGGCUGGUCUUGUCUUAUUAGCCAAUCAAGAUCGUUUCAGGGGAGUCGUAUCUUAUUGCAAAUGAUAUCAACGAGCUUACAACUACCAUUAACAGUCUCCAGAAGAGGAAGUUCAGUCCAAAACCUCAUGAUUACACCCACUUGAUACUUGAUGUGGGUAACACUAAUUGUUUUAAAAACUUUAUUUAGGGUAUAUCGAUUGGCUUGGUAAAGGACAAGAAGGAGGCACAACAACUGCUCAGUUAUUGUAGUAACCAGAGUAGUAAAUCGUUGGAAGAGAUUCUCGUCUUUUUGCGUCACAAUCAGCUGAUUGGAUCUCAAGGUGAAGAUGACAUUUUGGCCAUUACUCAACUUGGCUCUGCUAUAUCCUCAAGUUUCCUUACACCUUCUGAGGGAAUCUUCUUGUUCAAACAGCUUAAGAAGGCUCACGGUAACUUCGACUUACGAUGUGAUAUGCAAAUGUUGUACUUGGUAAGUUGUUAAUAUUGUUUUAAGUCUUUUGUCAGGUUUGGUAGUUUUUUAAACUAUUAUUACAAGUUAGUGACGUCAAGAUAAUUUUUUUAAGCAAGCUGUGGACUUUCUCUUAUAUUAUGAAUAAUCUAACUUUAGGUUACUCCAAUAGCAUCAAGAAUCGGCUUCAAAAACCUGAAUUUGGCUAACUUAUUUAAAUAUUACGAAAGUCUCUUGACUGUUGGAGAAAAAGAAUCGCUGAAGAAGUUGGGUAUCAGCAAUGCAUCGUGCUUGAAAUUUGCAUUUGGCCACACUAGGGAUGACGUAAGUUGCUUUGUGAUUCUCAGUUUACCUGAAAUGUAAGAAUUUAUGGCUUUAGAAAAUGUAUUCUUUAAUUAAACUUGGCAGACUUAUAGUAUACACAUACUUUCAUAUUUUAGAUACACAGCCGAUUCUUCUUGACCUUGGUACUUCGCGAAUUGAUGAACCGAAAGGUAGAACACGAGAUCAUGAAGGAGUUCAAUUUGGAUGUGAUGCAAUUGGAGCUGCUGAAGACUCAAACUAUCGUCUACUUGAGUAAGUUGCACCAGCUUUACUGUAACUUCUUUAGGGACCGUAAUAUCGAUGACCGAUCAGUUGGGAUGGUCGUAUUUGAAUAUGAUAAUGCGAUCGUUUGGACAGAAAUUGGAGAUAUCGAUCAAUCCAGAUGUCACGGACCUCAUCAGACUGCUAGGAGUCGAUGGAAUGAGAGCCUUGGCUUUUGUGGAACGGGGGAUCGAAAGUAUCAGCCAGCUGGCUACAACAGACCCUAUGGUUAUUGAAAGUCUGCUGAGACAUUCUGUGGCAUUCACGUAUGUUAUUGUAUUGCUGGAUAUUUUCACUUUAAAUAUAUUUAUAAAAAUAGGUAUGCAAGAAGCUUUGCCUUCCUUGUUGAUGACUUGUUUUCAUUAUUUUUAACGAACCUAAUCGCUAGCACACAAUUACGCAAUAAUAUGGUGGAAUUAUGUUUACGGUCAGCUAAUUAACUCCCGAGCAUACUGUGGAAGGUCGGGAGCGUAUGACCUGGGAACAAUGGGAUUGGGGUGAUUAACAUAGCUUGACCUCAAUUACCCGCAACCGUUCAAAUUUCUUGUUGAAUGUGUCUUAAUCGACCGGUUUUCAGGGAGGGCGAGAGGACGGGCGACAACAACGAAUGGCUACAAGGACAAAUAACUGAUUGUAAGACGGCAGUCAAACGGCUGAUACAGAAUGCUCAUAAAAUACUACAGGACAAGUAAGACCUACACGUAGAUGAAUGUUGAGUAUGAUUAAGGUGUAAAAUGAUAUACUCAACCUGACAUAUAAUUGUUUCAGUGACAUAAAUGUGACAUUGGAAGCGUCUCUGAAUGAAAGCGAGGACUCUGAUGUAGAUGAACCUACAAUUUGUUCUAUGAUAGACAAGAAAAGGUAAGAGGAGGAGGUAAAUCUAUUAAGACCGGCUAGAAAGCCAUAUUCGGAUGUAAUGAGAUGGCUCACAAACCAUUGUAUUAGCUGUAAAUUUGUAAUUUCAGGUCUUGUUUGGAAAACUUGACACAUCACGCCAAGUUUAUCGUUUUGGAUGUUGUUGAUGGUCGCUUACAGAUCUUGAAUGACAAGGAAGAUUAUGUGGAGCUAGGGUUCUCAGAAGCAGGUAAUUUUUUGAGUUUAAAAUUAUUUAAAAUUUUAUUCAAACGCUUCUUUCUUCAGAAUGUGCCAUUUGUGACACUAGUACAACUGAAGAGCUGGAGAAGUUGUUUAUAUCUGAAGUCAACGUGUUUGCGAAAGAUCUGUCACUACUCUUCUACCAAUGUAGAUCUCACUUUCUUCAAGUAUCGUAUGUUCAAGAACAUGACACUUCUUUCCUGAAGCGAUUUCACUGUGUGUCAUCGUUAAUGAGGGUCAGAAACAAAAACUUGGAAGCUACGCCUGAGGGAAUUCAGAAUUACUUGACGUCUGUUCUUACUAGGCAGGUUCAUAACUUCUUUAUAUUGAUAUUAAGCGACUUUCUUGCAGCUAUUAACGUUUCUUGAUCAUAAAUGUGAUUUAGAUUCCACAAAAAGAACAUUCGAGAAUCCCCAAUAUUCCUGCUGUGUCGUCUGAUCAAGAACGUGAUACUAGAACAGAAGAUCUCGGACCACGUUAUGAAGUUGACCAGGUUGUGGAAUGAAAGUGUACAUACAGCUGUCUAUAUGUCUUACUACGGUAUUCAAAUCGAUCUUGAAAUGGUUGACCGCUUGAGAGCAUCUCUUCACAAACUGAUGACUCUGAAGGAAGAACAAGUUUGGAAGAUGACAAACCAGAAGUUCAACUUGUACAAAGUGUCAUCUACCCGAAAGGUAAGUUAACUGGUUAUUUGCUGUAGUAAAUGUUAAAGCCGCUUUUAUAUAAUAUAUUUUACAGGUGUUGGAAGAACGCGGUAUCAUGAUGGAUCACGUGUCUAAAGCUCCAGGCACCAUCGACGAGUUAAAUCAGACUGAUAAUGAAGUCGCUAGACUUAUUGUGAAUGCAAGAAAUGCCUACACUGCACAUACUGUAGGUUUGAUCUUAAAUGAUAUGUAAAAUUUUGUUAUUUGACUACUGUAACAUAAAUAUUUUAGCAAAUUGAGGCCAUCGCAUCCCAUUGUGAUAUGGAUGGCAGAGUAAGGAGUUUCUACAAUACUUUAUCUCACAUUACGGGUAGAAUCGGCCUGGAGAAUCCUCCUAUUCAGAUGUUGAUCAAGAAGCAGGUGGUAGAUGAACAAUCAGCCAGGAGCAUAUUCGUGGCCAAAGAGGGCUGCACUCUGAUAUCGGCCGACUUCUCUCAACUCGAGUUGCGGAUGAUAUUAGCUAUGAGUGGAGAUGAUGUGUUGGCCCGUUUGGUGGAGAAGAACGUUGAUCCAUUCGAAUAUCUGAGUGAUUCGCUGAGGAAUGAAGGGAUCCAGAUUGACAGAGACACGGCCAAGAAGUUGUUCUACUCUGUGGUGUACGGUGUCGGAUCUCAUUCUUUAAGUGCUGAGUUGAAUGUAGAUGUGAGGAAGGCAGAACGAAUCCUAUUAGUAUUCUCUCAGGUGUUCAAAGGUUUGUUGACUAGUAAUACUAUAAGAAGGAUUUUUAUAUCAUUAACAACAUGAUAAAUAUUAUAUAACUUUUGAAACUAAACAUAGCUAAACUUGGUUAUCACGGUAACUUCAGGAGUUGACAAAUGGCUUCGGAAAGUGACACAAACAGCAUUGGAUCGUGGCUGUGUGAGUAACAUCUGGAGUCUCGGUAUCGGAUUGGAUGGAAUGAGACAAUCAGAAGCCAAACGGAGAAUACCCAACUAUAUCAUACAGGUAGGUAUCACUCACGUCGUGAACUCUGUUUAGUCUUCCGUAACGUACGUGUUCCGUGUAGCACUGAACAACGUGAUGAUGUCACUGCCGAAUUCGAUGGGCGGGCUGGUUCUUCAGAUUCAUGAUGAAUUGAUUUGUGAAGUGAGAAGUGAUUGUGUCGAUGAAUGCGUCGAACUGAUCAAACGAUUAAUGGAGACUUCCCUGUUGGGGGUGCACUUCCCCGUCUCCAUAAAGGUCGGCCCAAAUUGGGGCCAGAUGAAGAAGCUGGGUUCAGUCCAAUAA